AUGAUCAAAUAUCAGCCACUGCGUGAAUAUAUUCUGAAUCAGAAUGUUUACAACACAGAAACAGAUGAUCAACGAGUCAAGAAAAAAGAAGUUUUAGCAACUCGAUUCUAUCUAAUAGUACUUAUGAUCAUCUUAUAUGCAUAUAGUUUUUAUGCAACGGCAGUUACCCAUACAAGUACAAUCACUAUCACUAAACCAACUAUAGAACAAUAUAAAGAUUUGAUUCAACAGUAUCCUGAUACGUUACGAUGUCCAUGUGAACGAAUUUCUAUUCCCUAUGAAAAGUUUCUUCACAUUUCACCAGUUUACCAUCAAAUAUGCUCGUCGGAUUUUAUCAGUCAACGUUGGAUUGAUUAUUUGUUCUACAACAAUAGCUCUUACUAUUUCCAACUUGAUUUUCGUCGAAGUGCUUUAGGCCAAUUCCAACUUCUUCGUUUAUUCUGCGAACAAGUACAAGACACGAUUGAUUAUGAUCUAAUUCAGUUUUAUUCCAAUCAGUUGAUUACGCAAGAGCUGCUUCCCAUGGAAACAUUUGACAUUCAAACAGAUUCGCUCAUUAAUUUUUUUCAACGAACAACACCGCCGUCAUUCCUGGAUGUAUUCAAUUUGAAUCGACUAGUACUUACGCGUCAACAUUUUCUGUCUGGAACAGGAGCACUGCUUAAUGCUUUCUGGCGUGUGAGCGGCGAUCAGACAUCGACCGACUUAUAUGUGACUAUUUAUUAUGAAGUUGGGAAUGCAUAUUUCAGUUGUAUUUGUAUGACACCAUUCAUCUGCACGCUACCAGAAGGUAUUUAUGCUAAUAUGGAUCGAUACGAUGUUGCUGGAAACUCUGCAGAAGGUGACACAACACGCGACUGGAAGACUUGGCAUAUUAAUGCAACAUUUCUCUUACCUGGUAUGCGUACCGGUUGUGUUCCUAGUGAAUCACUAUUUCACUCAACAACGGAAUGUUUAUAUGACGAUUCAUGCUUGACUUCGAUUGGUACGCACAUAAAUUAUACAUCAACAAAAAUCAGUUCAUUUUCUAAAUUGAAUCAAUCAUUAUCAACAGUGAACACAACUUAUGAGACAUUGGUGAAUAGUUUAUUUAUUCAAAAAUGGAUUACUAAUCGGUCGUUUGAUGAUUACUUUGAUGAGUGUCAACCAUUGUAUUGUCAAUACACCAAUGAAGUGGGAGAAAGUUGGAGUGUGAUUGUGACAUCAACUAUUAGCUUGUAUGGUGGAUUGAGAAUUGUUUUGUCGCCCAUCAUUUUGUUCCUUGCUGGUUUUGUGUUGAAAAAUUGUCAACAUCGUCAAACAAAUACAGACAAUAAUUCAUCAAACCUAUCGAUCGAAACUUGUUGCAGUCAAUCAAUAAGAUCAAUCUGGGAUUUCUUCAAGAAAUAUAAUCUUUUCAAUAGCUCGUCAAGUGAUGAACGCUCCAAACGAAAUCAAAUCUUAUCAACACGAAUCUAUUGCGUUUUACUGCCAAUCUUAUUAACUAUUUUUGGCGUGUAUUUACUAUUGGAAAAACAAACAAAACUCAUCACUAUUAAAAACCCAACACAAAAUCAAUUUGAACAACUUGAAAAUAUUUCAGUUAAUAAUCUCUUUUGCCCGUGCAGCGAUAUCUCCAUUAAAUAUGAUACAUUUCUUAGUCUUCAGCCGCGAUAUCAUCCAAUUUGUUCAAGUGUGUUUAGUUCUACUCUGUGGCUGAAAAAUUGGUAUUGGAGCGAUACAUCAAAUUAUAAUUCGGAUAAUUUUCGUUUCGUAUCAGAUUUUUUCUUUGAAUUUUUAGUAAUUCUAUGUGAAGCAGCAAACGAAUUGGUAACCACUAGUUUAACUACCUUCAAACAAAAUGAAUAUCUCACAUCCGAAGUGGUUUCCUCUGACAUCUUCAAAAGUGAAGUAACUUCGUUCAUUGAACUAUUCACAAUUACAACACAACAAGCAUUUCAACUUCGCAUCAAUCUGAUUCGACGAAUUCUUUCUGCAAAUCAAUUUCUUAAUCAACGAAAAACAAACACCAUAUUAUCGGUCAUAAAUUACAAUAACAAUACAGAAAGUCACGCGAUGAUACUUUCAGUUCAAGGAUGUUCUUGUGCGACUAAUCCAUCAUGUAAACAACCAUUGACCAUAUACGACGACAAUAGAACAUAUCGUCUAAUGGGAAUAUAUCAAGGGUGUCUGUUUAUUGACUCCGUGUUAUUAUCAACAACAGAAUGUUUUUUCAGCAACUAUUGUAUCAAUACACUAAAAUCUUUUAUGUUAACGGCGCAUCCAUUACAUAAGCUUUUAAAAGCAUUAAAUUCGUCUAUUCUAAGUUCAUAUCAGCCAAAUACAACAAUGGAUAUAAUUGUUAAUAAUCUAUUUAUCGAAGAUUGGAAUGCGUUGUACUUUUAUAAUCAAUACUAUAAUCAAUGUCAACCAUCUUAUUGUUCAUAUACAAAAGAAGAAAACGAAAAUCGUUUUGAUGUAUUAACAAAGUUAAUUGCUAUCUAUGGAGGCCUGUCAAUGAUAUUAAAGAUAUGUGUACCAAUUCUUGUGAAUGUUAUCAAACGAAAGAAAGGAGAAAGAGGAGAAGUAUCGUUUACCAGUCGUAUUCGACAAGGUUUUCUAACAAUCAAAGCAAAACUAAUCAACUUCAACUUAUUUCGAACUCAAGCAGCAAAUAACCCAACAAUCGAACGACAAUUGUACACAACAAGAUUUUAUUUGAUAAUCUCAAUUAUUACAUUUGCAAGUCUUCUAUUCUAUACGUUAAUCAAUGAAAAACUGAUCACUGUCAAAGUACAAUUGAAUAAUUUAGAUGAAUAUAACAAUCUACGCAACAAAUAUUCCGCAACACUCAGUUGUCCAUGUUCGGACAUUUCUGUUACGUACAGCCGAUUUAUCAAACUAAAUCCAUCUUAUCAUCAGAUUUGCUCAUCUGACUUUGUUACUCAACAAUGGAUCGAAUACUUAUAUAAUGAGAAUAGAACUUAUGAAAAGAGUUUUUAUGCCGUUGCUUCAGUUCAGUUUCAAGUUCUUUCAUCGUUAUGUAAACAGGCACAAGAAACAGUCAAUAAUAGUCUUGUUCAGUUUCAAGCAACAAAAUUCACCAGUGAUCAAUUGAUAUCUCCUGAACUCUUUCAGAUCCAGAUCGAUACAAUCUUAAGUUCAUUUAAAAAGUCGGCUCCGCAAACAUUCAAACAGGCACUAACUGUGCUUAGUGGCUUCAUUCAUGGCAAUGCAUUCAUAACACCGUAUGAAACCAAUUGGAAAUUUACUGUGGUAAAUAUAUAUGAUUUGGCACCGAUGUACACAAAUCCAAGAUGGUAUGGCGAAUCGUGUAAUUGUGCAACUUCAUCGAAAUGCACAGAACGAGUUCAACUCAAUGAGAAUGUCAAUUCAACGUUAACUGGCAUGUUGAUUGGUUGUUAUGUGCAUGAAGCAUUGUUACAAUGGACACUUGAAUGUUUAUACAAGCGAGAAUGCGUGAAUUUAAUUAUCAAUUCUUUUCGAAAACAAAUACCAGCAGGCGAUGAUGAUGUUCAAAUACUUAAUUCAUCUUUGUUAACAAAUGCUUUUCCAAUGACUGAAACUGUUCAAGAUAUGGUUGAUCGUUUAUUUGUGAAUGAAUGGAAUGUGAAUUAUUCGUAUGAAAAGUAUUAUGAACAAUGUCAUUCGGCUUCUUGUACUUAUUCAUUUACUCAAUAUUUUGAUAUAUUUUAUAUUGUAACGACUAUUGUUGGUUUGUUUGGUAGUUUAACUAUUCUUUUGCGAAUGUUGUCAAAAUUGAUUAUUUUUAUUGCUUUGUCGAUCAUCAAUCGUCAACAAAAUAGAGCCGUUGAAGUAUCUUCGUCAACUGGUUGA